AUGUCAGGCAAAAUCAGGGCAGGGGACCACAGCUCAGCUGAGCAAGGGCUGCUUCAUGUUGCCAAAGCAAUCUAUUACGGGUUGUUGGGCUCCAAAAACCCCUAUCUGGAAGACAAGGAAAGAGGUGACUUAAUUGAAGAAGCAUUGAAUGAGGCCACUGAGCACACAGUUGCAAUUCUGUUGAGCCAUGCACUGAAUGAACCACAGCUGAUGGAGUCUUUAGUGGAGAUGAAUCCUGCCCAAGAAAUGCUUGAAGAACAAUGGCAAGUGGUGGAAUCAGUCCAGGAACUCCUAGUGGACCUGCACUUCAUCUUCCAGAGCAUCACCCAGAACCCAGUUGCCAAAAGGUGUGCCUACCAGUCAGCUGCAAUUGUGGAGGUCAUCAACAAGGUCAAAUGGACUCUCCACGAGUGGGAGAAUGGGAAGCUGGAGGCUCAGUUUUGGUGUCAAGCAGAGAAAUGGAGGUAUGAUGACCACCUGGAAACCCUUGGCCAGUUCCAUGCCACAAAACCAGAUGCAUGCAUGCACCUUCAAGUGUGGUUAUAUGACCAGGGAUGGUCAAAUGGACUCUCCACGAGUGGGAGAAUGGGAAGCUGGAGGCUCAGUUUUGGUGUCAAGCAGAGAAAUGGAGGUAUGAUGACCACCUGGAAACCCUUGGCCAGUUCCAUGCCACAAAACCAGAUGCAUGCAUGCACCUUCAAGUGUGGUUAUAUGACCAGGGAUGGCAUGUGGGGUGAUGCUCCAAAGGCCACCCCAGGGGGGCGCCUGGGCCUUGGGCCUUUUGACAAUGAGCCAGAUGAAUGA